CCGUUUUUCAUCUAUUAUCAUGGUGGUGGCUGGACAUCAGGUGACAUCGAAACUGGCGACGAAAAUUGCCGCCUUCUAUGUGCUCGCAACACUCUGUGUGUUCUGAAUGUUGACUACAGACUUACGCCCGAGCAUGCUUUCCCUGCAGCAAUCAACGACGCCUACGAUGCAUUCGAAUGGGCUGCCGAGAACGCGCAGACAGAGUUCAAUGCCGACCUAAGUAGUGGGUUCAUCGUUGGUGGCGUCUCCUCCGGCGCCAACAUGGCUAGCGUGAUAGCAUACCUCGUCAGGGACAACAAGAUCACACCCCCAAUCACGGGUCUUCUCCUUUCCAUACCGUGCUGCCUGAUGCCUCAAGCCUUUGACCUCGUCCCCCAAUGGAAGGAGGAGCUGCUCAGCAUGGAACAAAACAAGAACUCGGACCUGCUGGAUCUACAAUCGUAUAAACAACUCACCCAAGCACCUCCUGAUGAGCCGCGCAUUUCUUUCCUGCUGAACCCGGUCCAUUACAACUUGCCCAUGCGUGCGUACUUCCAGAUAGUAGGCCUAGACCCUAUUCGCGACGAAGGUCUUCUUUUCGCGCGCCUGCUUCGUGAUUAUUCGGGUGCAAAGACGCUGGUGCAUAUGUAUGACGGCCUACCCCAUGGGUUUUGGCGGUUUCAGCAGCUCCCAGCAUCGAAGGAGUGGGCAGAGGAUCUGUUCGAAGGAACAAAAUUUUUGUUGAAUGGUGGCAAGGAUGGUAUGGUGGUCAAGGGGGGAAUUCAAAUCAACGAUUGGGCUCAGGAUUCGUUGCGUUCGUUGUAA